GAAGAAUUGUGUUCUUUGAAAUGGCGGCAAAGGAGGUUGCGGGUUCUCUUCCUGUUCCCAACGUUCAACAGCUAGCUUCGAGCUCCAACGUUGUACCCAUUAGGUACAUACGCCCUGAACUCAAGCUACAACGAGUUUCUAGUGAUGAUGAGUACGUUCAAGUUCCAGUGGUCGAUAUGAGCAAGCUGGAUGGUAAUGAUGGUGGCGAGUUGGCUAAACUGCAUUCGGCUUGUAGGGAUUGGGGAUUCUUCCAGGUUUAUGGCUCAUCAAAAUCCUUAAAUAUUUUUCUUUUACCUACUUUGCCAUUCAAAUGGAUCCUAAACUGCUUGAUCAAAACGCAAGACUGAUACCAUGUCCAAAAAAAAAAAAAAAGUGAUCAAUCAUGGGGUUGGGGAAGGAGUGAUUCUCAAAAUGAAGGCGGAUAUUCAAGAAUUCUUCAGCCAACCAAUACAAGUGAAAAUGGAUUCUGCGCAGCUACCAGAUAGCAUUGAAGGAUACGGCCAAGCGUUCGUUGUAUCGGAAGAGCAAAAGCUUGAUUGGGGUGACAUGUUAUUCAUCAUUACACAGCCUAUUAAUCGAAGAAACGUAGGAUUGUGGCCGAAAAUUCCCUCUUCAUUCAGGGCAACUCUCGAGCAGUAUUCGACAGAGCUAGAAAAGCUGGCUAGAUGCUUGUUGACUUCCAUGGCCAGGAACUUGGGGCUUGAGUCUGAAAAGCUACUCACUACGUUCAACGAAGGUCUGCAAGGUAUGAGAAUGAACUACUAUCCGCCAUGUGAGCAAGCUAACAAGGUCAUCGGUCUUGCCCCACAUUCCGAUGGUAGUGGAUUGACUUUGUUGACUCAGGUGAAUGAAGUACAAGGUUUGCAAAUCAGGAAAGAUGGGAAAUGGGUUCCCAUUCAUCCCAUUCAAGGUGCCUUCAUCGUUAAUAUCGGGGACAUGAUUGAGAUCAUGAGCAAUGGAGAAUACAAGAGCAUAGAGCACAGAGCAAUAGUGAAUCAUAAGAAGGAGAGACUAUCAAUUGCAGCAUUCCACAAUCCGAACGCCAACGUCAUGAUUGGACCAUUGCCAGACAUUCUCAUCAAGGAUCAAAAGCAACAAGCAGCAAAAUAUAAAUCCAUAUCGCACCAAGAUUAUAUGAAGCUUGCGGGGAAAAUUAAACUCGACGGCAAAGACAAAGGCUUCAUUCAUCAUAUGAAAAUACAAACUGAAUAAGAGCAGUGAAUUCAAGCCCCUCCAUGGUAUAAAAAAGUAGAUGAAAAGUUCAAAGCUGCUAAAUAUUCAUGCCAAUAUAAUGGAGGGUUUUUCUUAUGAGUUAUGAAUAAUCUGCUAGUGAAAUGUUGUAGUCUCGUAUGUUUUUUUAACAAGAUUCAUUAAGUAUGUCAAUGGGCAAGCCCUAUGAAAAAGGUUAUAUAUCUAUCAUAAAACAAUGAAGGCCAAGAUACCAAGCCCAACAACAAUAUGGAAACCAAAUAGGGCCUAGAAACGGGCCCGAAUCGAGCCCAGAUCUCAACCCUAACAGCCGCAUGAAUGCCCCUUGCUCCUCAUCGUCGUUGGAAGAUACAAUAUCGCCCUUCCUCCCCAAACAGACCAGCGGCCAAAACCAACAAACAACAAGAGGGAGUGCCUGGCGCCACCAUCCCAGGUCGAAGGCAGCAAAAGCGCAUGAAAAGCCUCCACCAGCACCUCGUUGGGCCUAACCCUGUCAGUUCCUCGUCAUCAUGAAUCGACGCGAGAGACUUCCAAACGAAAGGACGGUCGGUGACGAGAUCAAGA